AUGUCGGACGCUCGAAUUUACAUUGGUCGCAUCAGCUCACGAGUUUCCGAAAGAGAUGUCGAACACUUCUUCAGAGGCUACGGACAAAUAAGAGACAUUCUUUUGAAAAAUGGUUUUGGGUUCGUCGAGUUUGACGACAAACGUGAUGCCGAAGAUGCGGUUUACGAUUUGAAUGGUAAAGAAUUGAAUGGCGAGCGUGUCAUUCUCGACUACUCGAAGCCACGUGGAGGAGGUACUGGAGGCCGUGGAGGUGGUCGCGCUGGAGCAUACGGUGGAAGAUAUGAGCGUCCAAGAAGAGAAGGGUAAAUAAAUAAACAACAAAUUUCAGUCUAUUACGCGUUUCCUUCAUUACAGAACUAGCAGUCGUUAUGGUCGUCCAUACAGUACUCGUCAUCGUUUGGUUGUUGAGAAUCUUUCAUCAAGAAUUUCAUGGCAGGUUAGUUAUCUCGUAUGAACAUUUCGUAGAAGGUCACGUUAUAAUAAUUCAAAAAUUUCAAACCAUUGCUCAUUGUACAUAAUCAUUUCUAACUUUCUGACGAGUAAAAAAUAAUCAUAAUAAUUUAUGCAGAAUCUCGGUUUCGAAGAAAUUGAUUGAUUGUAAAUAAUGGAAGUUUCUUGUCCAGUUGAAAAUUGUGAAUGAGAUGUGAAUCUUCAUUUUUGCACCAAAGUUCCUUUGAGCAUUUGUCUGGUUAGGCUGUCUGACGGACAAUGAUUGUAUUUGUGUUGUUGUUGAAUAUGGUUCGGGGUGAAUUGAACUGACGGAAUUGUUCUCCUGGUUCUGGGUACAUUGAGUUGAUCGAGCUGAUUUUAAAUGGUAUGGAUAUUGAUCUCAAACAAUAGAAUCUGUAUAGGCCGAUAUUUCAUGGGUUCCAUUUGGGUCUUUUCUGCCAUUCAUAUAAUUCGUUUUUUCAGGAUUUGAAAGACCAAAUCAGAAAGCAUGGAAUCGAACCAACUUAUGCUGAGGCCCACAAGAGACCUAAUGAAGCGUAAGUUCUAAUUUUAAUUUUUCAAAAUCUAAAACUGAUUAUAAUUUUUCAGACUCAUGUGCUUCGCUAGUUCAAGCGAUUUGAGAAAAUGUAUUGAUAAGUGUGACGGAAUGGAGUUGAAUGGUCGAAAAAUCAAGCUUGUUGAUGAUUCAAGCUCGGCUAGAUCGCGCAGCAACAGCAGAAGCCGCAGUCCACCAACUCGUCGUCGUUCGCGAAGCGCAUCAAGAAGUCGCUCUCCACAAGAGAGACGCAAGCGUGAUAAAAAAUCCCGCUCUCGUUCAAACAGUAGAAGCAGAAGUCGUAGUGGUGAAAGGUAAUAACUAAAAAUCAGCUGGAAAACUAUGUAUAUAUGGUUAUUAAUUUCAGAUCGAUGUUCCGCAAGUCGAGUCCAAAAGCAUCUCGCUCUCGUUCAAGAUCUCCAUCGAGAUCCCCAUCACCAAAAAGAGAGUCUCAAAGAUCUGCUAGUAACUCACCCCGCGAUGACGGUGACAACUAA